AUGACACAAAAUGAGAACAACCAAAAUAGCAUUUCUCCAAAAAAGGCAUCAGAGUUGAGAAAUGAAAAAAGAGGAGCAUUCGCGGCUAUAUUAUUGUCAGGAGUGAUUAUCGCUGUAUUCGUGGUGUAUUAUUUAAUACUAGGAGAAGAAUCGCGGAAAAAAAAUUCUUUACAACUCAUUGUAGCCAUUUUUAGACAAGGAGACCGAAGUCCAUUGAAAUGGGAAACUUAUCCUAAUGACAUGUAUGCACCUACGAGCGAAGGGACAUGGCCAGACGGCCUUGGGCAGUUGACCAAUGCAGGAAAAUUAAAGUCAUAUGAAUUUGGAAGACGAUUUCGAAAGCGAUACACGAAAUUUCUCCCAGUCACCUACAACAGUAGCUUUGUUUUGGUACAGAGUACAGAAACUGAUCGUACACAAAUGACGGCGUCGGCAUUUUUAGCAGGAGCGUUUCCGCCCAGUGGCAAACAAAUUUGGAACAAAGAUUUACAAUGGCUACCUAUACCAAUCCAUUCAAUACCUCCAAAUCAAGACAACAUGCUUAGAGUUACAAAGUCCUGUCCUGCUUAUGACGCAGAAUUUGAAAAAGCAAAAAAUGAAACUGAAAAACAAAUGUUAUUUAAAUAUGAAACUUUCUUCAACUAUAUAUCUAAUCACACAGGUUUAGAAAUAAAACAUCUUUCAGACGUUGAAAAUAUAUUCAACUCAUUAACUAUACAGCAAAGAAAUCAUCUGACUUUGCCAUCAUGGGUAAAAGUAAAAAAUUAUAUGGGUCUUAUGGAAAAUAUUGUCUUAGAAUGGUUGGUUACUUAUUCGAAAACGGAUUUCAUGAAAAAAUUAAGGUCCGGAAAACUCAUUGGAGAAAUAGUUAAAGUGAUGAGGGACAAAAUGGAUGGAAGAUUAUACCCUGACAGAAAAAUGUUUGCUUUCUUUAGUCAUGAGCAGACGUUGAUUGAUUUUUUUCAUACAUUGGGAAUGAAAAAUCUUUUUAAACCUAGCUACGGAGCCGCAGCUUUUGUUGAACUACACAAAAUCAAAGAAGAAUUCUAUGUAAAAAUAAUGUACACAAAAACCUAUGACACUCCCGAUAUUCUAUCUCUAGAAAUGGAAGGCCAAACUAGUUUUUUACCAACACUAGAAGAUUUCAUAAUAUCAACCGAAAAUUAUGUACCAAAAAACUGGGAAAAAGAAUGCCAGCUUAAAUAA